UAGAAAGGUUGGUGGUGAAGGAAUGUGAAAAAUUCACUUCAAAAUAUCUAAGCUUCCAAGAAAAUUCACUUCAUAUUUCAGAGCCAAAUUCAUUUUGCUUGGAGCAUAAGAUCAACUUUCGUUUGGAGGAAUUUGAUUUAAAGCAUAAGGGGAGAAUGAUUACAUGGCAGAGUCAAUCUAAAACUCUUAAGAUCUUUAAUGAUCAUAAGUUGGCAAAUACUCAACUUGGACUCCUUCAGAAAUUUGAAAAUUUGGAAGUGCUUCAACUAAAAGCCUGUGGAUACAAAGAAAUAUUCUCAUGUGGAAAAGAUGAUAAACAUAUGCAAAUCACUCUAAGGUCAUCCUUAGCUUCUUUCCAAUAUCUUAAAGUUAUGAGAGUUGAUUCGUGCAAUGGGUUGAUGAAGUUAAUAACACCUUCAACGGCUAAAAGCUUAGUGCAGUUGAGAGAAAUGAGCUUAGAGAACUGUAGAAUGCUGGUUGAAAUAAUAGAAAAUGAGGGAGGAGGAGAUGCAACAACGAGUACUGAAUUGUUUUUGAUAAUUUGAAGAAGUUGUCACUUAGAUGCUUAGAAAGUCUCAUAUGCUUCUGCUCUGGGAAUUACUCUUUCAAUUUCCCAUCUUUGGAAGAGUUAAUUAUAGGAGAAUGUCCUGAUAUGAAGACUUUUUCUCAAGGAAUCUUAAGCACACCAAAGUUGCACAAAGUCAAUUAUGAGAGCUACAAUAAGCCUGAAUGGAAAUGGGAGAAUAUAAUGGAAGUAGAGAAUGAGGGGAAUGAUCUUAAUAAAGCCAUACAAGGAGCAUACAAAAAUCAGGGCAUUUCUCUUGAUUUGAAGUUAUGGACAUUCAAGGAGAUCAAUUCUACAGAGAUUUGCUGCAACCAACAUCCAAAUUCCUUCUAUCAAAAUCUGACGCACUUGAUUUUGUCGGGUUGUGGAAACAUAAAAUAUGCAUUUCCAUCUUCCAUCGCCAAAAGCCUCCACCAACUCCAAUACCUAAGGAUACAUAAUUGUAAGGUUUUAGAGGAGGUUGUUUCAAAAGAAGGAACAAAUAAAGAUGACAAAUCUGUCUUUCCGCAUGUAACCUCAUUGAAGCUUCAAAAUCUACCGGAAUUUACAGGUUUCUAUCAUACUUUUGAAUGGCCAAUGUUAAAAGAGUUGGUGGUGAAAUUUUGUGGCAAAUUCAUUACCUCAAAAUAUUUGAGCUCCCAAAAAAAUAGCGAGGGUGAACUUCAUUUUUCGGAGCAAAAAUCCCUCUUUUUCAACGACAAGAUCAACUCAGAUUUGGAGAGAUUGGAAUUACGUAAUGAGAUAAAAAUGAUUAGAUGGCAGAGUCAAUCUGAAGUUCUUGAGAUCAGUAUUGAUAAGUCAGCAACUAUUGCACUUGGAAUUCUUCAUAAAUUUGAAAAUCUGAAAGAGCUCAAACUAUAUUGGUGUGAAUACAAAGAAAUAUUCUUGUGUGGAAAGGAAGAGAAACAUAUUGGGAGGCCCACCCAUAAGCAAAUCAAGAGCCUAUCUAAUCUUCCAAAUCUUGAAGUUCUAAAUGUACAUUGUUGUCAUAUAUUGAUGCGUCUAGUGUCAUCUUCAGCUUCUUUGCAGAAUCUUAAAGUUCUAGGUGUAAGUAUGUGUAAGGGGUUGAUGAAGUUAAUGACCCCUUCAAUGGCUAGAAGUUUGGUGCAGUUGAGAGACAUGAGCAUCUCUAGUUGUGAAAUGCUGAUAGAAAUAGUAGAAAAUGAGGGAGAAGGAGAUGCAACAACAACAACAACUGAAAUUGUUUUUAACAAUUUGAAGAAGUUGUCACUUGAACAGUUAAAGAGUCUAACCUUCUUUUGCUCUGGGAAUUACUCUUUCAAUUUCCCAUCUUUGGAAGAGUUAAUUAUAAAGAAUUGCCCCAAUAUGAAGACUUUCUCCAGAGGAAUUUUAAGCACACCAAAGUUACACAAAAUUGAUUACGAGAGGAAGGUGAAAGAUUUAGAGAAUGGGGGGAGUGAGCUUAAUACAACCAUACAAAAAGCACAGAAAACAAAGGUAUAUGUAUUCAAUUAA